CCACGACGUGCCAUUGUUCCAGUGCGCAAAAUCGUAAUCGCGGAGUGGUCGUUGUUUUAUACUGGACCUCGUUUUAAAAUAACUCAAUUUUUUUUCUAAUUUUGUCGCUAAACGUCGCGUGUAACGCUAAGUAACGUUGUAUUUUCGCUUCCAAACUCAUUCCAAUCCAAUGAAACAGUCCUAUUUUCGCUUCUCGUAAAAGGGGUAGUACUUAGACGUUAAAACGUGCGGAAUGUUUUAUUCGUAUUGAAUACCUAUUUAAGGAGUAAAAUUAGAUCGUUCGCCGCGAUAUGUAUGAACUGUAGUACGGUCUGUACUGUUAAUGAGUCAGAUAGAUUCGUUGUUUGUGGUAAAAACACCAUUAAAUUGUUAUCAGUGGUUGCCUUAAGCCAAGUGGUGUUUUGGCGUUGAUUCACUCGACUUCAUUCGACUCUCCUCCGGAUGUGAUUUGUCGACGGAAAAAUGUGGUAUCAUGUUUGUUAGUGGUACACUGCUGUAAUCGUGACAGUAUGCUUCCUUCGCAUGCAGUUGGCGGAUGGGCAACGUAAAUUAUUUAGCAUUCCGCAGCUAAACUUAGGUUUUUAGUGCGAGUGAUUAAGCGAGACUAGUGCUAAGUGAUUAAACAUGAAUUCAGUAUCAGAAUCGCCUUUGAAUAGAUCUCGGAAUAGGCCCGUUUUAUCCCGGUACAAGCCUCUCAAUGGUAGUACAGAACAGUUGCAGAGUAAGCGCGAGCUGUUCUUCAAAUCGGAUACCGUGAGCGGCGGCGGAGUCAGCGCAACAGGACUGCCGACCGCCGCUCCGCCUGCACCUCCGGUGGCCCCAUCCGCCCUUAAAGAUGCCCUCGCGAAGCGCUCCGCGACUCUGCCAGAUUCCCAAGAGAACAGCCACCACGAACCGAACGGCACUGCACCGGCUGCUAAACUCAGUAACAGUGUGUCAGUCGACGCGGGGAAAACGUCAGCGAUGCCUCCACAGAUGCCCGCGCCGCCCGUGCCCACGACAGCACCACCCGGAACAGCUCCGCUUAGGAGUACAGAGAAUAUUAUGAAGAAACCUGAUCACCCACCAGUUGCGCCAAAACCUGAAUUACCUAAGAUAGAAAAACCCAAGACCAAAGAAUUAGAUGGAUACGUUGGAUUUGCGAAUCUACCAAAUCAGGUGUACAGGAAAGCAGUCAAAAAAGGCUUCGAAUUCACAUUAAUGGUUGUAGGUGAGACGGGAUUGGGCAAAUCAACUUUAAUAAAUUCGUUGUUCCUUACGGAAGUGUACGAUAAAGAUAAGCAUCCGGGCCCCUCCCUGCGCGUCAAGAAAACCGUGGGCGUAGAAACUAGUGUUGUACUUCUCAAGGAGAAUGGCGUCAAUCUCACUCUCACGAUCGUCGAUACACCUGGCUUCGGAGACGCAGUGGACAAUAGUAAUUGCUGGCAACCCAUCAUCGAUUUCGUGGAAUCGAAGUAUGAGGAGUUCUUGAACGCGGAGUCGCGGGUGACGCGGAAGGCCGCGCCGCCCGACACGCGCGUCCAUUGCUGCCUGUACUUCAUCGCGCCCAGCGGCCACGGCCUCAAGCCGCUCGAUGUAGAGUUCAUGCAGCGGCUGGGCGAUAAAGUUAACAUUAUACCCGUUAUCGCCAAGGCCGAUACCAUGACGCCCGAGGAAUGCAAGGAUUUCAAAGAACAGAUCUUAAAAGAAAUAGCACAGCACAAGAUCAAAAUUUACGACUUUCCCGAGAGUACGGGAGAAGAAGGCGAUGGCGCGGAGACCACUAGAGCCUUAAGAGGACGCGUGCCCUUUGCCGUAGUAGGCGCUAACACGGUCAUCGAGCAAGAUGGCCGCCGAAUCCGGGGCCGCAAGUAUCCCUGGGGAAUCGCUGAAGUUGAGAACUUAGAACAUUGCGAUUUCUUGGCACUCCGCAACAUGGUUAUCAGAACACACCUUCAGGACCUUAAGGACGUGACCAGCUCCGUGCAUUACGAAAACUACCGAUGCCGCAAGCUCGCAGGACUCUCGCAUGACGGAAAACCACACAGAAUUAACUCUAACAAGAAUCCAUUGGCACAAAUGGAGGAAGAGAAGAGAGAACACGACUCUAAAAUGAAAAAGAUGGAAAUCGAAAUGGAACAGGUGUUCGACAUGAAGGUGCGCGAGAAGCGCGCCAAACUGAAGGAGUCGGAGGCGGAGCUGGCGCGGCGGCACGAGGCCACGCGGCGCGCGCUCGAGGCGCAGGCGCGCGAGCUGGAGGAGCGCCAGCGCGCGCUGCUCGCCGAGCAGGCCGCCUGGGAGCGCGAGACCGGCCUGUCGCUCGACGACCUGCGCCGGCGCUCGCUCGAGGCCAACAGCAAGGAGACGGUCGAUGGCAAGGAAAAGAAGGAUAAGAAAAAGAAAGAUUGGUCAUUUAAGAAUGUCACAUCGGGAAUAAGUAUAUAAACGUAAGUGAAACAUAAAAUAAUAAUAAUAUAUUUAUCUAAUUUGAUAUUGUAGACCAAUGGUGGUAAUCACACUGGAACAACGAUAACAAAAGACUAAAAAGUGUUAUUUUUAAAUUAUAACAAACAUUCGACGGAACAGAAUUCAUUGUACAGCUUCACACGCGUAAAGUCAGUAUUUUGUAUUACUUAUUUAUUAUUUGUAUUAGCAUUGGCGUUGUUUCAAAAAAUAAAACAAUUAUUAAUGUUUAAAACAAGUGUUUUAAACAUAUUAAUAAAGAUAUAUUAUCAAACAUUUUAAAUGUUUUUAAAUUCCGUUUUGAAAUUACUGUUUUGUUCUUUUGCAAAAAAAAAAAAUGCCCAACCCUGAUUACAAAUCUUUCUGGGACGUGCUACUACCAUCGCACGUUGUGAGUGGAGGAUUGAAUUGGUAAACUGCAACGUUUUAGUAACGCGUAUGGAGUUGUACAGUGCACGGUAUAUAUAUUAUUAUGUUAUUUUGAUUGUAUAUUUAUGUAUAAGAAUUUUUCCAUGACAAAGCAUUUAUUUGAUAAGUGAGGCCUAAUUUUGUAUGUUUUUCAAAGGAAUCUUUACAUGCAUUUUGUAAAAUUGUCUCUACUAUUGAAAUAUAUAGAAAUUAGUGGCUAUGAAUAAAGCACAAUAAUUUUCUUAUGGCGUCGCCACAUACAUCGCGAUGAGUAGAAUAUUCGAUUCAUUGCGUAGAUUUCCUGACGGAAUCCUGGUGAUAACAUCAUUGCGAUGUAUGUGGCCACGCUUUUACAGCUUUAGACUUUUCAUAACGUCCAGGAAGUUGCCAAAGUAGCAUGUAAAACAAACUGCAACGGUCGCCUAAUUACAAAGAUGAAGCAGACAUGCUCCUUUUUGUCGCGAAAUUUGGCGAUUUUUCCGUUAAAACUUAGUAAAAUGUGUGAUUGCAUUAAUACCAUCCGGAAAAUGCAUACAAUAUGCUAUGAUAUUGAGACUGAGACCUCAUUGAUUGGUAUUGUUUGAUAAGCAACGUUCACAUAUAGGUAGGUAACAUAACAUUUGAAUUACGGAUUUUAUCUAGAAUUCGCUCUGUACUCUUUGUACGAAGAUCCUGAAAACUAUAAAGCUAUUUGUAUUAUAGUGUUUGUCCUAAUAAACUCUUAUAACUUUUUUGAAUAAACAAACUAGAACAAAAAGUAGCACGUGUGCUUCAAGGUUUCGAUAUUAUUAUAACAAUGUAAAAACUCGCUAAUGCCGAGGUUUUUGCAAAAGUAAUGAUUGAAUUCGGCUGUGGAAGUGAUGGAAUUCAGCUCAAAAUGUGUGAAGUAUGUAUUUGGUAGGCACUUUUCGUCUUUAUCGUUAAUGUGGUAUUGGUAGCAUUUUAUUAAUAAUGCUAGGCGUCAUGAGUUUCCGUUGAAAUUUUAAUGAUACUAGAUGUUUGCGCAUUGUAGUUGUACGAGGUAAUAGGUACACCGUUUUAAAAUUAUGCAGAGUUGUCUUGAUGGCUACAUUAUACAAAUUAUAAAUUGUACAAAAGUAAAUUGUCGAAAGGAAUUACUGGUUGCGAAAAUUGUGAUUGUAACUCGCUAUCAGUAAGUAAUAUGAAUUUUAGCGUUUAGUAUUGUGAGUGAUAUUCAUUAUAACAGACAGACAGACAGACAACAAGGUGAUCCUAUAAGGGUUCCGUUUUUCCUUUUGAGGUACGGAACUCUAAAAAUAAAUGUAUGACGGCUAAACUCACCUCAGAUCCCCUCAAAGCGUGCCUUGCCUGUUGCAGCCCGCGCUGCUCGCAAUCUCCUGGGCGCCGCGUUGCUAGCAGAGGCCUCUUGAAUAAGAACCUCGUACGGGUUCGAAACUAGUCGGACAUACCCCGACAAACAUGUGCCGUCAUUAUAUUUAUAUAAAGUAAUACAGUAUGUAUAAAGGUGGUGAUAGAAAGGACAUUUAGGAAGAAUUCUGGCAGUGCUGGUUGUAACUUAAAAGUCUGAUCCUGCCCAUUCUAUACGAUAUGAGCCUGACCUGAAUUUGUAUGAAGUAACGAUCGUGACGACUCUGGUCAAACGAGGAUUAGAUAUUUUUUACUUCUUUAUAAAAUCAUGGUGUUUUAAAAGUUCAGCUUAUUCGGUGCAAUCGGAUUCCUGACCGAGGUGUGGCACGGCGUUCGAUAAUACUUCGGUAUAUUGUGCUUAGUGAUAUUAAUAUGCUCAUAGUUCAGGUGUGAGAUAGGCCUUAGCUCUAGCUAGGUGUUAGUUCUUUAUAAUAUCGUAAGGGAGUGAGGGAGCGGCACUGCUCAACAGAUCACGACGACGGUUUUUCUAUUCAUUGUUUAUUCGUAGAUUGUAAAUUGGACUUCUAUCCUGUUAUAAAUAAAUAAACUUUAUUAUGUUACUCUGUAUAACUCACGUAAAAUAGCGUAUCCUAUUAUAUUGCCUAGAUGUACUACGACUUUCUGUAAAUAUUUUUUUUAGUCACUACCCUUAAUACAAAUAUACGAUUAUGUAUUAUCAAGUUCAAGUUAGAACUGAUAACUACUCGUAUUUUAUAAUGAAAUGCAUAAUCUUUAUUUAAUCGAUAUGCCAUGGUUAUUUGUAUUAUUUCCCUACACUACAGUAUUGACUUCCGUGUUAAAGUUAGGUAUUUUUAGUGAUAAGUAUAUUGCUUAAUUUUGUAUUUUGUGUAGGGUAGGACCCAAUUUACCAUAACGAUCUUUUGCUUAGUCACUAAGGAUGUGAUUGUUUGUUGGAGGGCAAAGUUGAGACGAUGUAAUAUAUUGUACCUUUAAAUAAAAAUAUAAAUAAAUACGUAAUAUAUAGGAAA